UGGCAUGGAGCAAUGAAGAAAGUCAGAAACAUCCUCAGAGGGCCACUUGAGGCUUGGACAUUAUUCACCCAGAUCAUGAAUGCGAAUAAUGUUCAACAUGGUGUGCCUGCACCCUGUUUCUUCUCUUUCUCCCACUUUAUGUCAUGGUUUAGCGCACCUGCCCUUUGACUUCCUGCUGGCGGCUGUGGUGUUUCCUUCCUGCCCAAGCAAUUCAAGAGCAGCCGCCGCAUCUGCCACAGCAGCAGAGACUUCCUCCAGACAUGGAACUGGGAAGAGAACUCCAGAUGGCUCUUGAUGUGUUGCACAAUUAGCCUACUCAAUGCUGUUUUUCACGCUGGACUGCAUACCUUCUCCACUUCCAUCGUACCUCUACUGUCCCCCUUGCUGGUGGCAUGGAUGUCUUCCCUACGGGUGACCUCUUCUGGAUGUUGAUACUGACUGUCCCAGUUCUGGUGGUUCUCCUUGUGCUUUGUAUUGAUUGCCGGGACACUGAAUUAGACACACCGCCAAUUGGUGAUUAUGAAGACAAGCCCCCGACUACUUUCCGUCCUCAGACAUUCAGGGUGGUGAGGCGUCCUCCCUCUCCACCUUGGUCUGCAAUCCAGUCCCAACCAGACUUGAGAAGCAGAUGCCCUCCAUAUAGUUUCUCCAAUCAAUCAACUACGCUCAAAGACGAAGUGGAUAAUGAAAGUAUGCCCAGUUAUGAAAAUGAAGAACCACCUUUCAUCCCUUUCAUCCCUGAUGAUGAAGAAAACGAUGGCCCCGGGUACAUCUUGGUGCUUCCUGAUGUUCCAAUUACAAAUCAGAGAAAUGAGGAUCACGCUUCCUCAGAUUCCAUUAUGGAUCAGUACGAGAAUAUGCCAGAAUCUCAGCGGCAUUCCGUUGGUGAAUACGUCAAUAUACUAGAACCAGAGGCAACCAUCCUAGAACCUUGUUUCCCGGUUGGUGCCAGCGAUUGCACUAGUGAUCAAGAAAGUGACGAUGACAUCCCAGAUUAUGAGAAUGUCUGUCCUGGAUUUUAAGACAGUUUUCCUCAAUGGCUCCGAUCAUCUGUGUGAAGUAUGGAUCACUAAUGACCCUGCUGGCCUGAAGAUACCUUCUCCCCAGUCCCCCAGAUGUGACCAUAACUUAUUGCUCUCCUUCGCACUUUGGCUGGACACAUCCUGAGAAUUUUCUAUGAACCUUGUUGGCAAGAUUAAGACUUCAGCAGUCAUCUCCUUCUCCUUUUUUCUUCUGGAGUUGUUUGAUAUUCUUAGUGAAAUAAACAACAUCAACAAA